UGGUUCAGCCGGGCAGUAGUAUAUUGUUUCUAGAUAUUUUGUAUUGUGUCAUCUUUUAAAAAGUUAUAUAGAUAUUGUCUAAAAAAGAAGAAGCCCAUGAUUCAUUUUGAAUACACAAGGGUUUUUGAUGCCUUUCCUUUUUAUCAAUUUUAAAUGAAUAAUACCCCUCGGAAUGAGAAACCCCUUUCCCGAUUUUAAUGUCACUAAGUAAACCUCAAAAUCAUUGAAGUUUAAUAUAUUCCGAAAUUGUUUUGGAAUUUCUAACAAGCAUCUUCCUGUUAAAUCUUUUGUGGAAUAACCCUUAUCCCUUAUUUGUACCACUAAGUGUUUCCUUUGUGAAAAAAUGUUAUCACUAUUUCCAAAAAAAUAUUUAGAAACCACAACAACAACUGAAGAGGCAACAACAACUGAAGAAGUAACAACUGAAAAGGACGAAACAACAACGGAGACAUCUACAACAACAACAGAAUCACCAAUACCCAUUUUAACAACAGAUAGUGUUAAUGUUGGUGCAAUUAUUGGCGGAGUACUAGGAGCCAUAUUGUUUAUAAUCCUUCUGUUGUUACUAGUUCUGUAUUGCAUACAUAGACAAAAAGUUGUUGCUAAGCAGCGGGCCAUCAUCGACCGAAGACUUAAGUUGUUCAAAAUAAGACAAGCUCAAGGCUUAGACGACGAUGAAAAGAUUCUUAAUGAACCAUCGUUGGAUCCGGAUUUUUCACAUUACUGGGAAGCACCUAAGCAAGAACUUAUACCACCCGUUGAAAAGAAAAGUAUAACAAAGGAUAUGAUGUCACAAACAGAACUUCAGAAAGAACGAAAGCAAAUUAUUCCUCCUUUACCCGAACCUCAAACACCGACGCCAAAAUAUCUUCCGUGGCCGUGGCGAACAGCUAAGAGAGCUUCACAUAAAUCUGCUUUUCAGUCACAAACUGAUUUGAGUAAAUUUGGACCAAUUCCGGAAACUACACAAGAAUGUGCAGAUUUAGCUGAUUAUACGGUCUCGAAGUACGGACUCAAAUAUGACGAUACCGGUGUGGAUGGUGUAAACGAGAAAAUAUCUAGACCACCAACAAGAUUCAUGCCAAAAACUGACCCCGACAGAAUUAUGUCUAGAUCGAGAACAAGUAUAUUAUCUAGGUCAAGCUCUGUUGCAUCACUGCACAGGUCUCAUUCAUUAUUAGACUUGAAAACUCCAACGCCAAGGAGAAUACAGUUGUCUAGAGCAUCAUCGUUGAAAUCCCUAUUUACAGAAAGAACACAAACACAUGUGCUAAUGGCAAUAAAGGAAAAGAAAGUUAAUCAUAAAAAAGAAAUACCUUCGAUUGUAAAGAAGAAUGACACAUCUGUAAGACCUGUGCCUCACUAUAUGUUCCCGAUACGAUCCAAUUCAUUGACUAAAUUUGAAAAGGAACAGUUUCAAAAUCCACUUGCAAAACCAUUAAGGCGGUCAUAUACCCUUUUAAGACCAAUGCCUAAUAGAAAUCACAAAGAUAAGAACAUUGAAGUUCGCAAAAAACCCAAGAAGAAGAAGACAAACAAAAAGAAGAGUCCAUACACAGUAAUUCCAAUUCCUGUGCGACAAAUUACACUCAUUCCACUUACUCGAAAAAACGUCACGGACAACAAAGUGAGACCAUUGAAAGCUAAACCGAAACACAGACCACCAAAAACCACUGAAACAAAUUUCGUAGUAGAAAGUCCGUCUACUAAAUCACCAAAGACUACUGAAAGUAACUUUACUCAAAGUCCAGAUACUGUUAUUUCUACUGUCAACACAGAAACACUAAAUGACAGCACAGAAUAUCAGACCAUUUCUGACGCAACACAACAUGCUAAUAAUACUGUAGAAAGAAUAAAGGCAGAUAAUUCUGAAUUACAGGAUUCUGGAAUAUCAGCAGAUGAGUCGUCUCUUGGUAAACAACAGUCGGAAUAUGAACAGAAUACAAGAACGGAAAAUGGUCAAACGUCUCCUCAUGACUUAAAUCAGAAUGUGAGAGUAAAUGAGCAGUUAAAAUUACCAAGUAUAAAACUACCUCUUAAACAAGACUCUCGUGUGAGUGAGAAGGAUGGACAACACAAAGAAGAAGUACUAAAAUUACCACAUCUCCAAACAAAACAAAACACAUCUACACGUCCAUGGCGGUAAAUAGGAAAAUCACCUCGUCAUCAAAUAUUGCUGGAACGGUAUGCCGCUGGUUGUAAAUCAGGAUUAUAGCAUUAACUCUGACGUAAACAAGUAAUAGUAUCUAACGUAAUAUUACAAAGGAUUGAAACAUUAUUUUGUAUUUUGUCUUGGUUAAAAGAGUUAUAUAUUAUAAAAGCGAUAGAAGAUACAUUCAAUUAUAGAUUAAACCAUACUUUUUGCGAUUGAAUUUAAUAUCAAUCUUUAAAUCUAAUCCAAUCUAAUCAACAUCUGAUGUUGACUAGUAUGUUUUCAUUAUGUAUGAUAAGGGCCUGUUAUACCGAAUUUCUGUACAAUUUGCGGUGGAUUUGUAUAUCCAUUAUAUUUCUUUAAUGUUUUAUUCACAAGACAUGAUAUCAUAGGACAACUUAUUAUAUAUUUUAUAUCGUUAUAACAAGUUAUAACUCCAUACUUAAUUGGGCUUAUGCACAAAAAUUUUUCGGUGUAUACUAUGAAAGGGUGAUAAAACUUAUAUAAAA